AUGAUGGCGGAUCAAAUCACUGAGAAAAUCGAUCUCCCGCCCGAUGCCCGUGGUGCUGACCAUGAAGCGGGCGAGAUCGCCAGUGUGCACGAACAGACGGAACUUGAAGGCUUGGGAUACAAGCAGGAGAUGCGUCGAAAUCGAUCGGUCAUCACGCUGCUCUUCCAGACACUGGCCAUAGCAGCAAUUCCCUAUGGCGAGGGCAGUCCUUUUAUCAGUGCCAUCUAUGGUGGUGGGCCUCUAUCCAUCUUUGUGGGAUGGAUUGUAGUUUGUGUCCUUGAUCAGUGCAUUGCCAUGUCUCUCGCGGAAUUGGCUUCGCGAUAUCCGACCUCUGCAGGGCCAUACUACUGGUCUUUUCAAAUUGCGAAAUCCUCCAAGACCACCAUCUCUUUUAUCAAUGCCUGGAUCUGGGUCAUUGGUAACUGGACGAUUACCUUGUCGGUCAACUUCGGUUUCGCUUCUUUGCUCUCCGCGACAGUCUCUAUGUACCAUCCGGACUGGAGUGCCAAUAGCUGGCAGCUACUCUUAAUCUUCUACGCCAUCUGCCUAGGCUCACUGGUCAUCUGCACAUUCGCCAAUCGCUACCUACCCCAAGUCGAUAUCGCUUGCGCGACCUGGACCGCACUCACGAUUCUAGUCAUCCUCAUCGCAGUCUCGGUCAAAGCCGAUGUAGGUCGACACAGCGCUUCAUGGGCACUAUCACACUACGACAAGAGCUUCGCAGGCUGGGGCAAUUUCACCUUCUUCAUCGGUCUCCUACCCCCAGCCUACACCUUCUCCGCCAUCGGCAUGAUCUCUUCCAUGGCCGAAGAAUGCGCCCACCCAGCCGUCAAAGUACCUCGCGCCAUCGCUCUCAGCGUCCCCGUCGGCGGCAUAGCCGGCCUCUUCUUCGUUAUUCCCCUCUGUGUGACUUUACCCCCUCUAGAAGAUAUCAUCAACUCCCCAGGCGCCCAAGCUCUCCCUUAUAUCCUACACCAGGUCAUGGGCUCGCCAGGCGGCGGUCUAGGCCUCGUAUUCCUAGUGCUGGUAAUCACCCUCUUCUGCUCAAUCAGUAUAACCGUCGCCGCGUCCCGUUGCACCUGGGCCGUCGCACGCGAUAACGCCCUCCCACUCUCCCGCCUAUGGGCGCAUGUCGACACGAAACUUGGUGUCCCCGUCUGGUCUCUUAUUCUCCUAACUGUAAUCCAAAUGCUUCUCGGCCUCAUCAACCUUGGCAGCUCUAGCGCAUUCACUGCCUUCGUUUCUGUAGGCGUCAUCGCCUUAGCAGCUGCAUAUGCUAUCCCUAUCUUACUGAGCUUGUUUAACGGCCGUGAAGAAGUUAACAAAGCACCCUGGAACUGUGGAAUGAUUGCCGGGUCAAUGUUUAAUGCUCUUGCGCUCGCUUGGAUUGCUUUUGAGUUGGUUUUGUUUAGUAUGCCGACGGCUUUACCGGUUACGCCUAUUUCGAUGAAUUAUGCGUCCGUUGUCUUUGUGGGAUUUAUGGCUAUUUCUGCUGUUUGGUAUGGAGUUUAUGCUAGAAAACAUUAUAAGGGGCCACCUGCGUCGGACGCUUUGGACGAUUGA